GCAAAAACAAAAGAAUACCAGACGUUUUCAUUUUGUGAUAAACAAUGGAUGACAAACGCCACAUCGACGAUGUUCAAACAUCUACGGUGGCCGAACACAUGAAAUUGAUCAUGGAGGAUAGAUCUACCAUAGAUCCGGAGUAUGUUCCAGUCACUCCAGACGAUUUACCUCAUUGGAUGGAUAAAAGAUUAUUUAAAAUAGGUCAAAAAUAUUACAUGAAGAAUAUGCUGGGAGUUGCAGUCGCGAACAUGACCGGUUUACUAGCAAUAUUAUGCGUUCCCGAUAUAAUCGAAGUGCUUGAAUACACGAAGAAAAGUGAAACGGUCUGUUUGUCCUUCAAACGAUACGCCGAAACCGUGUUGCUCAUAUACGAGCUGUUCAAAUCCGACAUGUUGCACCCAAAAUCGAAAUGGUUCAAGGCACUAAACGUGAUUCGAUGGAAACACGCGUCAGCAAGUAAGAGACGCGUUAAACAGAGUCUGAACGCGAUAUACCAAAAGGACAUGUCCAUCACACAGUUCGGCUUUAUGGGGUUCGUGCUUGUGUGCCCUGAGAAAACGGGACUGGCGCUCACUACACUCGAAGAACGAGAGGGUUUCAAUCAUUUCUGGCGCGUCACGGCUCACCUUCUGGGUAUAUCGGAUCGGAUGAACAUCGCUCGCAGAACAGCGGCGGAAACGACAGAAUUGUGCAGACGAAUCGGAGACGAAAUACUCGUGAAAUACAUGGAUAAACCGUCACCAGGAUUCAUAAAACUCGGAAGAAAUGCAAUCGAUGGUCUUUGGUAUAACGACAUGAGUCUGGACACAGAUGCCUUCUUUGCGUUGACCUAUGAUCUAGCAGGAUCGAAAUACCAGAAGCCUCUUGGAUGGUACUCCUAUUGCAAUAUGAAACAACGCGAGUGGUUAUUAUAUUUUUGUAAUAUUCCUUAUAUUGGCGCAGUGGUGAGGGUCGGUUUUAAUUAUACCUUAAUGUUCCUUUAUUGGGUACUUGAAAACUACCCUGUAGUCGCAUGGAUUGGAUUCGGUAAAAAGAACGCACAAUUUUGCGCCUAUCCAACAAUAAAGUGAGUUCGUUUCUGUGAAGAGACGAACGAGAGUUACGUAACUAGCGUUUACGUAAAGUAUACUGUAUAUAGUAAAAUUAUUAUGUUUUAUGAUUAUGUAAUUACAAUUUGCAGUUGAUAAAAGCGAUACAGGAUUUAAUAAUUUAUAGUGCGGGCUUGUUUAAUGUAUUUUAUGAUAGAAACACAUUAAUAUCACUGAAAGUGCGGUACAAUUGUAUAAUAUGUGUGGUUUCAAUAAAAUGUUUCAAUGUUUUUAGAUAUAUUCAGUUAUAAUGUAUUACAUUUCGUAUUAUGCGUAAUUCAUAUUAAAUAUAAACAACUGUAAAUAUGUGCGAUAAAUAGUAUAAAGUGGAGCAAAGAGUCAGGCAUAAGAAUAUCAAAUAUCUUUAAGAUGGUAAAUCAUAUAAAUCGAAAAGCAGCAAAAUGUUAAAAAUUGAUAUGAAUGUUAAAAAUGA